CCCUUCUCACUCCCCCCCUUAAAUUUACAUAACUCAGUGUGUGUCUACUCAUAUCUCUCGCUCUCUUGUCUCUCUGUCUCUCGUUCUCUCUCUCUUUACCAUUAGAAACGCCGCCAUUCAACUCUCUCUCUCGUUAAAAAAGAUGGCAGCGGCUGCGGGAAGAUCCGGAGGCACCGUCCUAUUGCUCUGCUUCUCGUUCUUCGCCUUGGUCACUGCCGAUAGUCCAUACCGAUUCUUCGACUGGAAUGUAACAUACGGUGACAUUUAUCCUCUCGGUGUUCGUCAACAGGGGAUAUUGAUUAAUGGACAAUUUCCGGGACCCGACAUUCACAGUGUGACAAACGACAAUCUCAUCAUUAACGUACACAACAGCUUAGACGAGCCUUUCUUAAUAUCUUGGAAUGGAGUACAGAAUAGGAGAAACUCUUAUGUUGAUGGAAUGUAUGGAACGACUUGUCCAAUUCCACCAAGGACCAACUACACAUAUAUUUUGCAAGUGAAAGACCAAAUUGGAAGCUUCUACUACUUCCCAUCCCUUGCAUUUCAUAAGGCAGCUGGUGGGUUCGGAGGCAUCAGAAUCCUUAGUCGUCCUGGAAUUCCAGUUCCAUUUGCUGACCCCGCAGGAGAUUAUACUGUCCUCAUCGGAGAUUGGUACAAAUCUAAUCACACGAAUUUAAAGGCGCGUCUUGACAGAGGAAGGAAGUUACCCUCGCCUGAUGGUAUUCUUAUCAAUGGCAGAAGCAACGGUGCUACGUUAAAUGUAGAGAAAGGAAAAACAUACAGGUUGAGGAUAUCAAACGUUGGAUUACAAAAUUCUCUAAACUUCAGAAUCCAAAACCAUAGGAUGAAGCUUGUGGAAGUCGAAGGGACACACACAAUGCAAACAAUGUUUUCGUCACUUGACGUUCAUGUUGGCCAGUCUUACUCUGUUCUCAUUACUGCCGACCAAUCUCCACGUGACUACUACGUGGUUGCUUCCUCUCGGUUCACUGAUAAGAUCAUAACAACCACCGGCAUUCUUCGAUACAGUGGUUCUUCUACUUCAGCUUCUGGUCCAAUUCCCGGUGGUCCCACCAUUCAAAUUGAUUGGUCCUUAAACCAAGCACGUGCCAUCAGAACCAACUUGACAGCCAGUGGACCAAGACCAAACCCACAAGGAUCAUAUCAUUAUGGUCUAAUACCACUCAUUAGGACUAUUGUGUUUGGUAGCUCAGCGGGGCAGAUAAAUGGGAAGCAAAAAUACGGUAUCAAUAGUGUGUCAUUUGUGCCUGCGGAUACACCUCUAAAACUUGCCGACUUCUUCAAGAUAAGCGGGAUUUAUAAGAUCAAUAGCAUCUCAGACAAACCCACAGGGAGAGGUUUAUACCUUGACACCUCUGUUUUGCAAGUCGCUUAUCGAACGUUUAUCGAGAUUGUAUUCGAGAACAAAGAGAAUAUCGUUCAAAGUUAUCAUCUCAAUGGUUACUCCUUCUGGGUUGUUGGGAUGGAUGGUGGACAGUGGAAGACCGGGAGCAGAAACGGGUACAAUUUACGUGAUGCAGUUUCCCGUUCAACUGUCCAAGUGUAUCCAAAAUCAUGGACAGCCAUUUACAUUGCGUUGGACAACGUGGGAAUGUGGAAUCUAAGGUCCGAGUUUUGGGCAAGACAGUAUUUGGGACAACAGCUCUACUUGCGUGUCUUUACAACAUCGACAUCUUUGAGAGAUGAGUACCCUAUCCCAAAGAACUCGCAUCUGUGUGGCCGGGCAAAAGGACAACAUACUAGGCCUUUGUAAGAAAGACGUACGACCUUACAUGAAAAUCGUAUCGAUACAGGUUUAAGUUAUGUGUUAUUCUUGCUAAGACUUGCAAUAUUAUAAUGAGAGAGGAUGGUAGUAAUAAUAUAGUUUGAAAUGAUCUCACCUCGAGGUCUCAAUUGUAUUUUUUUUCUCUUUUGCUUAAACGAGGUCUCAAUUGUUGUUUUUUUUUUGCUUCCAAAUUCUCAUUUUUCUGAUGAUGUAUUUGUUAUUGAUGUUCUUAUUUAUAUAUCUGGAUAUUUCUCUUGGGUUA